CAGGACACCAUCGCCGAGUUGCAAAGCAAAGCCGCAGGGCUAAGUGUGCGUCGACAAGCGCUCCGGAAAGUCUUGGCACAACACACCGCGGUCUUGGAACUACUGGAAUUGCCGCAGCUGUUAGACGCCUGCGUGCGAAAUCAGAUGUAUGAAGAGUCCCUGGAGCUGCUUGCAUUCUGCAACAGCCUGCUCCAAGCGCACGAAGCUCGCGGCGAAGAGAUCGCCGUCCUGAGUGGCAUCAAAGAACAGGUUGCUGUCCAACGGGCUAACCUCAAAGAUGCCCUGGCUUCGCAGCUCAAAACAGACAUUCAUUUGCCUGCCUGCGUGCGCAUUGUGGGCUUUCUUCGGCGUGUACAACGCCAUUCCGAAGAUGAACUACGCCAGCUCUUCAUCGAGCAUCGUAGCAAGUUCUUGGAGAGUCACAAACAGCAGGUGGAGUUGUUGAGACACAGUCGUGGCAGUGUUGGCACAGCCUUGCGCAAUGCGGCUGACUUGCUUCGGACGCAUGUCUAUGACAUUGGCACUCAGUACAAGGCUUUGUUCCCACAAGACGAUGGGCCUUUGAGUGUUUGGCUAAACAGUCAGGUGAUGUGGUUGGUUUCUCUUCUGCGUCAUCAUGUUUUGCCUCCAAGCACAGCAGCGGCGAAAGCUUCCCAGGGCAGUGCAAAGAUCGACGCUGCCCAGUUGACCACUGUCUUGCGACAAUGUGUGCAUGCUUCCUCCACGCUGAAACGUUUAGGCGGGCACUUCUUUGGAGCCGUCGCCAGCAUCUUCGAGGCACGAAUGGAGCAGCACUGUCGGGAUAUGCUUGAUGCAGCGCUUCUGAACUUCCAUUCUGAACUCGGACGAUACGAUUGGGUUCCCUCGACAGCCAUGGCAGGAAGUGCUCCUGAAUCAGGGUGGCUGCAUCCGCAGGCUUUGGAGUUGACGAGACAUCGUCCACUGGCAGUGCUGGCCAAUGACAUCGUGCAGGUCUUCAAUGAACUGAGACAAUGCACUCUGUAUGGUCUACGAGUUGCUGUGGUGACUCAUUGCUAUGAGUGCUCCAUGGCAUCACUCAAUCUGCUGCGGUCCGUACUGGCGCAGAACCUGCGGCCAGGCUCUCCGCAGACAGCCGAGUUUCAUAAGCUUUGCAGAAACUUUGCUGACAUCUUGAUGCCCUUGGUGGCGGCUCACUUGGAAGCUCUAUUUGGAGCAGCUGCUAGGCUGGACGUGGACGGCAUCGUGGCAUCCAUGGUGCCAGACCUCAUCGAGGAUAUUCAGCCUGUAGAGGCCGAACCAGUCGUGGCUGAACAUGCGGCAGCAUUGCCGGACACAGAGCCAGCAGCGACAGAGCUGGGCGUGGAACAAUCGCCUGCUGAGAUCGGAGUGCCAGCUGCUGAAGCUCCGUGAUGAAUGCCUGUUAGAAAAUGCUCAGCCGCUGCUGGAGAAUAAAAGGAAUAGGAAUAGAUAGGAAUAGAAGAGUUUCUGAAGAGAUUUGACAGGUUUUGUGGUUUUGGAAGGUCGAAAUCAAAAGUGUAUUGUGAUUUGGGCAGGUCAGGAGUGAACAAUCUCCAAGAGGCAUCACUGAGUGAUGAGACUCGGUGCUCAGAUAAGAUAUUUGAGCCCAUUGCUGAGGUGACACUACCCAAAUCGGUGAGAGAGUCAGAGACAGGCUCUCAAUGCAGUGUGUGUAUUGCAUGUUGAGAACAUAUCAUGUUUGUUAUUUGUUCUUGAGCCAAGCAAAGUUUCACAGAACCGCAACUUGACCAAAAGGAACAGGAAAA